GUAUUGGAAUGAUGGCCUUGGUAACACGAACAAUUUCAGGAUAUUUGGUACCUCCAAGCCAGAUCUUCCAAAAGUUUGACAUCUUUGAACUUCACUUUUCAUCUACAAUAGAAUCCUUGGAGCUAGGUUUAUUUGAGACUUACCUGUUGCUGGUAAAAUCAAGAAUCAAAAUUGUCAACCAAGAGCUGAAUAGUUUAACUCAAGAUAAACACAUCAACCGCAGAAGACGAAUCAACUGUUCUAACGACGUCACGAAAAAACUAAAAAAAUUGAGGAAACUGCAUUGGAAGUUGUGCUCCAUUUGCGUGAAGUUGAACAGAGUAUUCGCUUUUCCCCUACUGGUUUUGAUUGGAAUCACGUUUGUGGAGUUCAUGAGCUCUGCAUAUUUUUUCAUGGUGAAUUCUCAAAAGAUUAUAAUGGGAGUUUAUGAUCUGAAAUUUAGUAUUUCCGCUUUUUUUACACCAUUAACAAAAAUUGGCAGUUUGAUAAUUUUGUGUUUGGUGUGUACAGUGACCAGGAAUGAGGUAUUCAAGAGCGCAGAUAUUAUCUUUGACGUGAAAAACAAAUACCAACCAGAAAUCAGCAGAGAGAUUCAGAGAUUUUGCAGACAAAUUCUUCAAUGGAAUUUGAACUUCACCGCAUUCGAUUUCUUCAACAUUGAUAUGACUCUGCUCUAUGAGGUUGUAACGACUGCAACCACUUACCUUACCAUCAUGAUACAGUUUCGGAAGAAUUAAAAGAGAGAAGAUAUUGGUUCAGUCUUCAGAAUAUUCAAAAAUAUUUCAAAAACACAA